CUUUUAGUUCCCUAAGUCCAAGUUCCCAAGAAAAUUAAAACAAGAAAAAUAUAUAGUUCUUAAUAUUAAAGUGUAUAUUACAAAAAAUCUUGUAGACUUAAAAGUGCUGAAUUAACUUGGAAAUAGUUUAGAGUGCAGCUGCAGCUGCUUUUCAUCUGCACGGCUCGUCCAUAAGUGAAAAAAGUAGGGAGGAGUUAAUAAUCUUAUUAAUCAUCAUCAGCAUUGGUUGGUGGUAUUCGACGAACGUUUUGAGAGUCGUGAAAACAAGUUUUCUUGCAGAACUCCAUUUCCUUUCAGCCUUCGACUGUUUUUGUUCGUUAUUCAUGAGUUCUGCUCUAUUGUCAAGGACAUUAUACAAUUCACCUUCAUUCGUGUUUGUUGUAAAUUUGUAACUAUUGGACGAUAUACUAGCUACUACUUACCACAUACAUAUGUUAGUCAGAGUGUGCAUUUGUUUUGUUUAAGUUGCCAUGGAGGAACGUCGGAUCGCAGAUUAUUUUGUUGUGGCCGGUAUGCCGGAAGACCCCCAAUUACUGCAAGAGAGUAAUUUCAAGGAAUCCGGACACCUAAGGGCAGCCAAUUCGAUUGAGCCCAUUACCGACAUAGGGGUUUUCUUUCCACUAUUAGGCGAAGAGGUGCCGGAAGGAUUUGAGGUUUUGGAAUCGACGCCAACAGGUUUGCCGGCAAAUUUAAAUUAUGGUUCAUUGAGGUCAACAGAAUGUUUCAUAUACUACAGACGUGGUAAAGAUCGUCCACCAUUGGUGGACAUAGGCGUACUCUAUGAAGGUCAUGAACGCAUAAUGCCCGAUGCAGAGAUUGUGGGCGAGACUCCGGGAGGACGUGUGGCAAACGUUAACAAUUCAUCGGCUAAAACUUUUCUAACGCUUCGUCGAGCCCCUGCUGAUAUGCCAUGUAACGAACUUGUAGUUACUGACCUGUGUGUCAUAGUUCGCAGCAAAGGCGAGAAACCGCCGCAUGCCUUUUGUUUAAUUUACAAGUCCCUCAACAAAGCCUUUACGGGUAGCGACGUUUAUUUGUGCUACAAAAAAUCCAUGUACCGUCCAAAACACAUCAGUUAUCAACCGGAAAUAUUGCUACGUUACCCCACAGUGGAUCAUAAUGAUUUUCCGCUUAAUUUAUGUCCAAGCGUACCCUUGUUCUGCCUGCCAAUGGGAGCCUCUUUAGAAGCAUGGCCUCAUGUAGUAAAAAAUAAAAAACGAAAACCAACGGCACCCGUUUUUAGUACAUUUGUAUUGACCGUUAAUGAUGGCACAUACAAAGUUUAUGGAUCGGCUUUAACAUUUUACGAAGAUUUUGAUGCAUGUCAGUUGUCGGAGCAGCAAUGUGAGUUACUUGGCUGGAACGAAGAAUUUGCCAAAAACCAUUCUUUGCAUAUCAUCAAGUCCAUAUGUCUAUUAUCUCAUUACCCCUUUGGUGACACCUUCGACAAAUGGCUCAAAUAUUUACAUCGUAUGGUUGUAUGUGAAGUAAAUUUACCCAUUCCUAUUGAACGAUAUAUAACACAACUGUUAGAUGAAGUACCAUUUCCCGCUCCAAGCAUACACCUACAGUUGUCAAGUGAAUCAAAUGAUCGUAUACUCUUGACUCAACCUGAGGAUUCACCUUUGCCACGUAGUGGUGCAGGAUUUCACAUGUUGUUGCAGAAUCUGGGUACAGAAAACUGUUUACAUGUUCUUUUGUUGGCAUUGACAGAACAGAAAAUACUCAUUCAUUCGUUAAGGCCGGCUACUUUAACUGCUGUUGCUGAAUCCAUUGUUUCUUUGCUAUUCCCAUUUAAAUGGCAAUGCCCGUAUAUUCCACUAUGCCCACUUGGAUUAGCCGAAGUCCUACAUGCUCCAGUACCAUAUUUGAUUGGUGUUGAUUCGCGCUUCUUUGAUUUGUAUGAGCCACCCACUGAUGUAACAUGCAUUGAUUUGGAUACAAAUACAAUAAGCCUUUGUGAAUCGCAAAAACAUUUGACUGUUAAACUCCUGCCAAAACGUGCGGCUCGCAUUUUGAGCCAGACUCUCGAUAGUCUGGAAGCAUUGAAACCAACUAAUAUAGAUUGUAAUAAUAGCCUGGAUCGCGACUUGAGGAGACGCAGACGUGAGCAACAUUUGGAGCAGCGUAUACAGGAAGCAUUUUUACUUUUUAUGGCUUCAAUUUUACGUGGAUAUCGUGAUUAUUUAGUACCCAUUUCUAAAGCACCUUCUGUGGGUGCCACAGAUCCCAGUGCCUUAUUUCAGCUCAAAGCAUUUCUACGUUCAAGGGAUAAGGCUUAUCAUAAAUUUUUUGAGUUAUUAAUGAAAACCCAAAUGUUUAUACGCUUCAUUGAGGAAAGGUCGUUUGUCUCUGAUGGCGAUCAUGGUUUAACCUUCUUUGAUGAAUGUGCAGAAAAAGUAGGAUCAUAUGAUGAUACACCCUCCGAUGUCCGUUUGGUCGAUUGGGAGACUGGUCAGAGCAGUGAACGAACAAAAUAUAUAUUUCCCCCAGAUGUGGGCGCCACCAAAGAUAACACAGUUCCCGAUCCUGUUUAUAAUUACGAUAGCUUUACUUUAAAUCCAAAUCUACUGAAAUCCUCAACAAAGACAGCGCUAACUAAUUUAAUACAACAACAAAUAAACGGAUGCUUGGCUCCUGGUUCACCAAUUGCCCGUCGAACAAAGCAUGAAAUCAAGUUGUCACAGAAAAUGGCAAGACGUUGUCAAAGUCAUCCGGAACUUUGGGCAAAAUAUUUGCUAGCCACCUGUUAUUCUUUGUAUUUUUUGAUUCUUCCAGCCAUGGUCUUGGAUAGCCGUAGAGCGGGCAAGGAGCAGGAGAUCCUUAGGGCGGCCUAUAAUAUUUUGUUAAAAGCCAGCAAAAUUAAAGUUAAUUGUGAUGAAUUUUGUUAUCGUAUUAUGAUGCAAUUAUGUGGAACCUACAAUAUGCCAGUAUUGGCUGUGCGUCUGCAUUACCUUAUGAAGAGAUCUGGCGUGCAACCGAAUGCCUUGACAUAUGGCUUCUAUAAUCGGUGCGUUCUGGAGUCUGAAUGGCCCAGCGAUAGUACGACUCAGAGUCAAUUACGUUGGAAUCGCAUCAAAAAUGUUGUCUUGGGGGCAGCCCACUUCAAGAGAGCCGGAAAAUUGAGGGCUUCAAAGAAGCCACUCUCCGCUUCGUACGACAAUAAUUUGAGUACUUUAGAAAGUGUAGAUGGAACUUCCAGAACCAGUUUGGAAUCUUCAAAUUCAUCGCAACAAAUUGCCGGCAUGGGUGGCGCAGGUGAUAGUUAUGCCGCAAACCUCUUGGAUUUUUCAGCUUUGGAUAAAUUUAGAACAAAGCUGGGCAGUAUUGUGCGUCAAUCGAUAGGAUCACAGGAUGCCACCGACGAAGUCAUAUCUAGCGCAGGUUUAUUGAUAACCGGCGAUUCUAAAUACCCCACUAGAGCAACACACGCAAAUUUGAAAGCACACACGCCAACCAGCCCACAAGCGCCAGGUGGCGAUAUGGCUAAACUGCCCAUCACAGGUCCAGAAAAUUUUGGUGAAGAUGCCGAGCUUUUGAAUAAACUGCAAAGGCAAAAUACCCUAAAUGAACCAAGUAACAAGAAAAUAAUGAAUAUAGGUGACGAUGACGAAGAAAGCAACUUACACGAGCAAACACAAGAUUAUGUUGGUAGUUCCCAAGAGGAAUUGGAUGAUAACCUGGAACACCAUAUACAUGACUUGGCCAGAGAAAUACAAAGUCCCACAAAAAUUUCGCCUAGAACACCGGUUACACAAAAUGAUCCUCUGGGAGCUUUAAAUGAAGAUGAACAUCCGUCCAUUCCUAUGACCACCACGUCCAUACAAGAUCAUACGUCCGACUCUACUUCAUCUUAUAAUAAUAACACUAUGUACAGCGACAAACCUAUUCUGUUUAAAGGUCAACGAAGUGCCACAUUCGAUGAAUCCACACAAUUGAACAAAAACAUGCAUCGUUCAGAAACUAUGCCGGGUACAAGUGUUGCUUCGAGUCUGGCCAACCUAGGUUCAUCAUUCAAAAUCAAUUUUGGACGUUAUUCACCUGCACGCAUGUCCACCUUUAAGAAAGACUUGAAAUUGCCCACCAAUAUUAUUGAAAAUAUUGCCCAAAAUAUGAGCCCAAGCUUUAGUGGCAAGAAAUCAAAUGAAAUUAUCCAGGGCAGUUUGAGCAGCAUUAAACAUGCUGCUACUUCGAUUACUCGCAAGUUUGAUGAAAUUAAGGGCGCCAUAUCGGCCAAUACGACACCGGUUAAAUCGAGCAUGCCCUCACAGGGUUACAUUGACAGCGGAGGCGUUAAUGAGGAGGACCUGACAGCCCAUCAGGAUGGAACACUGCAGAUACGAAGGGUAUCCAGUGAUCUGGAACACCCUUGGGGAAGAUUAAGUGAAUCUCGUAAAUCGAGUUACAACAACUUAGUGCCCCUAGGAGAGAACACAUCAACAAUGAAUUUGAAUACCGCACUUUUGGCAUUGCCCGAAAACCUCUAUGCCCCAGCACACGAUGGUGUGGAAAAUACUGACGAUUGCGAUGUCCUCAUACAAAUGACUUCAUGUUCUCAAUGCCACAAUUGUUCAGUAUUAUUGUACGAUGAGGAGAUUAUGUCCUUAUGGUCGGCGGAGGAUUCAAACUUAAAUACAUCAUGUCAUGCUUGUAAAAAGUUCACUGUUCCCUUCUUAAGUGUGCGGCUGGUUUUGAAGGAGGCCACCAAGAGUGAAGAGAACAGCAAAAAGACAGAAACUUUAACAAUCCCCUAUUUAAAUCCCUUAGUUUUACGCAAAGAAUUGGAAAAUAUUCUAACGCAAGAUGGCGAUUUAACCCUGCUAAAACCUAGUUUUGUAGAAGAACAUCCUAUAAUAUACUGGAAUCUUUUGUGGAUUAUGGAACGCAUCGAAAGUAAAACACAUCUGCCAGAUUUGUGUUCACCCUCACUGGAUGAUCGAGACAUUGAUCCCUUGAGCAAACUAAAGCAUGUGAAAAUUCAAUGUUUAUGGGAUAACCUACAACUGCAUAGUGAGGCUGGUCAACCUAUGUACAUUCUGUACAGACAAACUCAACCCACAAGUCCGCUGAUUAAGGCAUUGCUCACCGACCAAGCUCAAUUGAACAAAAAUGUCAUACAACAGAUUGUUACAUCUAUUCGAUGUAAUGACCUCCUAAUGCCCGUGAAGAAACUGGCCAAUGAACGUUAUAAACUGCAACACUCCGGCGUAGACCGUUCACAUUCAAUAUAUCGUGAUAUACUGUUUUUGGCAUUGACCGCCAUCGGUCGAUCCAAUGUGGAUUUGGCAACAUUCCAUCGGGAAUAUGCUGCAGUGUUCGAUAAGCUAAGUGAAAAAGAAUGCAACAUGUAUUAUCGCAAUCAGGAUUUGCCUCCAUCGGCAGCGACAAUUUUCUGCCGUGCCUAUUUUAAACCCUUAAGUAUUCCUUGACGAGAAGAGCAUUUGAUGCAGCAACAUUUCUACCAAGAACUUUUAAAAUACAACAAGACAUAAUGCAAUAAACCAGACAGAGACAACAUAAAUGUGGCAAUCAUCAGACAACACUUGAAAAAAUGAUUUAAAAUAGCUAAGUACAUACUAACAACAUAUAGUAGAUUAGUUCUCAAUCGAUAUAUCUAUGUAUACAUAAUAUAUAUUUUAUAUAGGUGUAGUGUAUUUCUUUUUUUUUUGUUAUAAAUUUGUAUAACAAAUUAUGCCGUACACUGAAGAAAAUGACAAUUUGAAAAAAUUUUAUAAGUUCAGUUGAAAAAACAUUGCACAAAAAGUUCAUUUCAUUAAUAUUCAACAAUAUGUUUUUUAAUUCAAAAAAUAUAUAUAUAUAUUUAUACAUUAUAACUUCAUCGCACUCGAAAUUAAUUUAUUGUUUUUGUUUUUCAAAUCUCAACAUUCAAAAAGUGGAGUUUACUUUUUUUAAUUAUGUUUUAAAAAACAAAGAGCUGAUUUUGAGCUGGUGAAAUAAAGAAAAUGGUGUUGCUUGACUAAAAACCAAAACUGUUCCCAAGUGUAAAUAUGCACUGUGACUUUGACAUUUUUUUAUUUCGCAGACAUGACGAAGCUAAAUGAAACCUUGUUCGUUGGCUAAUAGGUUUGCACUGCUAUUUCGAUGUAACCUAAGACAAGCCUAGUACUAAAAACUACUAUUGCCAGAAGCAAAUAGAAAAGCGCACAAUCAAAAAAAAAAAAAAAAAACAGUUACUGGGAUGUCCAUUUAUUUAUUUAUUUUUUUGAUUGAUCGAUUAAUCGUUAUUGGAAAAUUCAAUUUCAGCUAGUAAUUGAACAAGACCAAAAGGGGUUGAGGAUUAAUCGACUAACCAGUUAAUCGAUUAAUGUGUCUAAUGAAAGAGAACGGGACAUUUGCUAGAACGGUUUACUCGUGUUUGAUCGGAUUGAAAUUUUAUGUUAAGCAGAGUUUACAUGGUACAUCAUGAUCGUACUGAUCAUGUGUACGUGUUGAUUACAGCUUUUCCCUAAAAUGGAACAUCGAUUUUUUCUUUUAUUUUCUUUGACUUAAUUUAAUUUUUCAUACUUUACUUCUCAUUUCUUAACCUUAUUUGUCACAGAACGUGUUUUUCAAUAUCUGACAAUUAAUGAUUACACAUUUCUUUGUAAACGGUAAUCGAUAGACGUCAUUCAUCGAAAAAAAUCAAAUGAUUUUGAUUUUUAGCCGUGACUGAUGGUUAUGUUUACAUGUGACGAAUACACCUUUGUUUUCACCAAUACUAAUACGAUGACCACACGUCAGAUGUGCCAUGUAAACUCAGCAUUAGGUCUGUUCGCGUACUUUUCCAAGAAAAAUUUGCAGGAGAAUAAGAGCCAUUUUACUCUCUUUAAUAAAUUCCAUUCAAAAUUCGCAAAAAACAGCUGAUUUUUGUUUUGGUUGGUUUUUUAUUUGCUAUAUAAUAAUAACUGUUUUUAAAUAAAAAAUGCUGGCGAUACUUGUGAGGUAUUUUCCUUAGAUAAACGUCAAUUUAUUAGCCCGAGAGUGGCAAGGCUAGAAGAGGAGCCAUUCGUAGUAUCCGUGAUCUCCUUGCCGCUGGACAGCCAUCACAAUUUACAGUGCACGUAGCUACGAAUGUCAUCCGUGGCGCCAAGUGACGCAAGGCGCUGGUCCCAGACGGAACCUCUACACUGAUGCUGACGAAUAUGGAUCUGCCUAGAGUCGAGUAUCUUACAAGUGUCCUCAGCCUGACUGAACACUUUUAUAGUACCCGAUGUUUGGAAGAUGGGCCGUGUGAUCCCCCCUUGGGAUCUGCUGUAAAAAAAAUUGUCAACGCCGACUAUAUGAAAAAUCCGCAAUUAUUUUGGGCAACCCAAUAGAUUAAUUGUGUCGUGUUGUCCCUGGUUGCAUGCGGGGCACACAUCCUGCAUGUUGGCGUUUUCCCUUAACAAAAGGAGUUAAGGUGGCUGAAUUGUAAUAUAGACGUUUGCUUUUUCUCGUCGUCAUAAAUGCUGUGGUGCUCUGCCUUAUACGCCGCUUUAUCUAAAGGACUACUUUUAUGGAGCUAGAAUUUGAACAUCUAAUCGACAUUUCCGGGCGGCCGGCCGCUUUUCUUGGUGGUUGGCACGGCUGCUGGACAUGGUGCUGCCGAAAAGCGACUUAUAGAUUUAUUCCUACUACUAUGGAGCAAAUGCUGCCAAAUGUCUUUGAAUAAUUGCUCACGAACAUUCCAUUAAGGAACAGACAGAAGACUUCUUGCACAUCAUUGAGUGCCGCCCGAUUCUAAAUGCUUUAAGCUCAAUGAUAAGGGACCGCUAUUUUGUAUCCGACUCGCAACGGAGUGCUAAUAAAAUUGAAAAACUUAAGAAAAUCGAUGGUAGUACAUGACAUAUAUAAACCGGGAGAACCUAACAAAACCUGUACUUAAUUUAGAUGAAAAAGUGAAAAAUAACUACCAUACAUUUUAAAUUGUUCGUAAAUUAUAAGAAGUGGUAGUAUUAAAAAAAAAAACUAUAAAAUUCAAAAUUUUUUAACUUAACUCCCUUUCAUUUGUUUGGGGGUAUUUUUCCCAAGUUUUAUCGUCGCAUUCUCCCUCUUAUUUCGAUUCAGAAUAGCUACUUUUUUUCCAUGGGAGAUAUUUCCCUUUUUCGAAGUUUAUUUUGAAUAAGGGAAAAGGGAGUAGGGAACAAACUCCCAGUAAAUUGUUAUUCAGAAUAGGGUAAAAGGGAGUAGGCAAUAAACUCCCAGGGAAUCGUUAUUCAGAAUAGGGCUGGCUCUUUCGUUGAUUAUCCUCCUGACAGCCAUAUAGAAUAAGUGUUAAGAUUGGUAUUGCCCUCGGAUUUAAUUCAGAAUUAAUUUCUUAAGCUUAUAAAGAAAUUUUUGUUACGAUUUUUAUGGUGUUGCUCACGAAGUCAACCACUACGUGGAUUACCCAAUUGCUGUCAUAUAGACUGUUCUCGCGUAAAAGCAUAUUAACAGAUUAUUAAAACCUGUUUUAAUUGCUCAAAUAUCAGAUUUCCUUUUAUAAAAUCAGCUGACGUGAGGCAUAAUUUGGGAUUUAAUGAGCAGUGUAAAUGGGGUUUAAAAUAUCUAAAGGUAUCUAACGGUAACAGUGUCUGCUAAACAGAUUAUCUCAGCGAAAGGAGAAUGCUAUAUAUUUUUUUUAAACAUAUAGUUUAAAUCAAUAUUUUGUUUAGAAUUUCAUAAACAAAAUUUAAAUUAAACAACGAAAUAAAAAGCCCUACGUUUAUUUCUUUAUCAUACAUCUUCUGGAAUGUUCUUACAAGCAGUAUUUUUUCAGUGUAUAUGCAGUAGCACAUGGUUUAUAAGAUAUUUUGUUGUUUAACUUUAUCUUUUAAUUAAACUCUUUCUGUUGUAUGAAAACGAAAAGUUUCAUGAUUUCUAGCAUAACAAAGAUGACACACACACACACACUUUUUUAUGAGACAAUAUAUGUUUGUUUGUAUGAAAUUAUAAUUGAGAUAAAAUGGCAACCUACAUUGUAUGUAUGAAUGAUAUGCAUAUAUAUAUGUGUGUGUUGUUAUAUAGAAUUCUUAUUCUUGUACAGUCAUAUACAUGAUCCAUCAUAACACAACCAAACAGCAACAACAACAACAAAACCAUAAUACAAAGAUCUUAUGUAUUUUUUUAACUUUUAAUCAUAUGCCUUAUUAAUGUUAAUUCUACAGUUAUCGAUAUCGUAUCACAUAAAAUUUUUAGAGUUUUAUAAAAAAAUGAAGAUAUACAUACUAAUGAGAGAAACUUAUAAUAGUUUCAUGUGUACAUUACUUAUUACAUUACAACAAAAGCAUUCAUAAAUACAUACUUAUGUUCACGUUAACAACUAACUAAUGUAUCUUUUAUUCACACUUCACUAUGUAUACAUUAUUUUGUGGAAACUAAAUUUUAUUUUUGGCACUCGUAACUCUGGAUGAAGACAACCAUAUUCUCGUAUCAAUAAUAAAAAAAAGGAAAAAGAAAUAAAAUAAAAGGAAAUGUUUAACAUACAAUCAAAA